CGGGGUCUCGGGCCUGAAGCGUUAAGCUGCGAAGCAGACAGCCCAGGGAAGAGCCAAUUCCUUACGAUAGCCGGCGGAUCCACCUGAGCCCGGGCCAGACGUCGGGCCAGACCGGGCAGGAGCCCGCGGACAAGGACGAGACAGCCGGCUAGCGGAUAGGACAGGCGAGCACUGGAGAAGGCGCUUCGGAUCCGACCGGACCGGACCGGACCUGACCGCCCCGGACCGCCCCGAUCCGCAUCUGGCCAGGUGGCAUCUACCUUCUGCCCCGCUGGCAUCAAAACCCCUCCGCAACCAUGGAGCUCCCCGAACUCUCCGGAAAGGUCGUCGCUUUCUCCCUUACCGCCUUACCUGUCUGCUACGCUUUGAACCACCUCUCUGAGCUUUCCCAUCCCUUGGGGAUGGCUAUCCUGAGUGCAAUGAUCCUGGCUCUACUGUUUGUGGCCAUCUCCAAUCUGGCCCAGGGAGAGAUCUCCCAUGAUCCACUUUUUGCUGUGUUUACCGUGUUUUCCUUCACCUCCCUUAUUGACUUAUUCAUUGCCCUUGAGGAGGAUGACUAUGUGAUGGGCCUCAUGGAAUUCUAUACUCGAGAAAGGGAGCCAUAUCUUCGUACUGCCCAUGGGAUUUUUAGCUGCUAUUGGGAUGGCACUGUCAAUUAUCUGCUCUACCUCAUCAUGACUGGGGCCAUUGCUAAGAGCUUGCUUUUCCACAACCCCCCUUUCUGGGUAGGGAAUCUGCAGCCCCUUCACCCAUGCACCCAUCUGAAGGAUCAAGAAAGUUGCCAGUUUCUCUCCAUUUCCCUCAGGAAGAGAUAUAGAAGCCUUGGGCUGUACUGGUUGGGAUCACUUGUCAUGAGCAUCAUGGUUUUUGUCCCAGGAAAUAUCCUUGGCAAGUACAGCUCUGAGCUCCGACUGUCCUUCUUACUUAACAUUCCCUAUGUGUUAAUCCCUUGUUGGGCUGGCCUGCACCUCUUCAGACAGGCCAAGGGCCCAGCAGGCUACACAGUUGACAUGAUCUUGGAAGAGCAUAAGAAGGGGCUGCUCCAGAGGCCCUGGGACCUGGCUCUGUUUAUCUUUCUGCUCCUGGCAGGAUUGUUCACCAUUUUCCGUGGCCUGGUGGUCCUAGACUGUCCCACAGAUUCCUGCUUCAUCUAUGUGUAUCAGUAUGAGCCAUACCUGCGAGACCCUGUGGCCUAUCCCAAGAUCCAGAUGUUGGUGUUCCUGUUCUAUGCCCUGCCUUUUUUCAUCCUGGCUGCUUAUGGCCUCCUGUGGCCUGGCUGUGCCUGGCUCCCAGAUUGGGCCCUGGUGUUUGCAGGGGCCAUGGGCCAGGCCCAGUUCUCUCACAUCGGUGCCUCAAUGCAUCCUCACACCCCCUACCCCUACCGAACCCCUGAAGAUGUCUGGUCCUUCCUCUUUAUCCUCAACCUUCUCUAUGCUGUGGGGCCCCACCUCCUGGCCUACCGCUGCAUCCGAUGGCCAGCCUUUUUCCUCUGUCCCCCCACCCUCAGCCAGCAGGAAAAGAACAAGAAAAACCACUGAGAGGGUCCCACCUGACCAAGGGCCAUUGGGACCACCAGCCACCUCCCUGAGGGCCAGCCUCAUUGCCCUAGCUCUGGUCACUGAAUCAUUGAAUCUCAAAGUUUGAAAUGACCUCAGAGGUCAACUAUCCCAACCCUAUCUGAUGAAGAAUUCCCUCUCCAAGACUUUGAACAAGUGGUCAUCCAGUGAGAGGAAACUGACUGCCCUGCCUCAAAGCAGCUGAUUCCAUUUUGGACAGCUUUACAUGUUAGGAAGAUUUUCUUUACCCUGAGAAUUUUCCUUUGAAGUGCUGGAAUACUGAGCCCCAAAUCUGCCUCUUUGUAUUUUCUACUCAUCGCUCCUGGUUCCACCCUUUGGGGCCAAGCAGAGUAAGUCUACCCGGCCCCACUUCCCCAUGACAUAUAUUCAAACACUUAGUGAUCAUGUUGCUGCUAAGUUUUUUUUUUUCCGCUCCGGUUCCUUCUGUUGAUUUUUAUAUGGCAUGGCCUUCAGUUCUGAUCACCCUCCCCUUGUCUUGUCAUUCCAGAACUGGACAGAGGCCUCCAUCAGUGGUCUACUCAGACUGCCAAUGUCAGAGAACACUGAGCCAA